AUGGAAGACGACCCUAAUCGUAUCUAUCGGUUAGACGGCAUCACUCAUAUUAUUGGUUCUAUCCAUGAAGAGUCAUAUCAAUGUAUCACUAGCAUGAGGAUGCAGCAUGGUAUGUUCCUAGAUGACAGGAUCAUACCGUACCUGCAGAUAGUCGGCUUAACCCAUCUCGCGAGACUCAAUGAUCGCUGGUUUAGGUUGGAUGAGCCAUUGGUAAGUGCAUUUAUUGAGCGGUGGUGGCCCGAGACUCAUACCUUCUACAUGUCGUUCGGGAAGUGCACGAUUACGCUUCAGGAUGUUGUGUACUAUUUUUGCCUCUCCAUCGAUGGACAGUACGUCAGUGGAUGCCUGACGGACUUCGAGCAGUUCAUUGAUGGUGGGCAACCUGGAUGUGAUUGGUUCCAAGAGUUGUGUGGUGUGUUGCCUCCAGCGUACUACAUCGACAAGUUCACUGUGAAGUGUACUUGGAUGCAGGAAACAUUCAGUCACCUCGCUCACGACACAGAUGAGGAGAUAGUUAGGAGGUACGUGAGGGCAUAUACCAUGAUGCUAUUAUCUACCCAACUCUUCGAUGACAAGUUUGACACACGCAUGCAUAUCCAGUGGCUAUCGUACGUAGCGAGAUUAGAGGACAUAGGUGGAUACAGCUGGGGAUCCGCCGCUCUGUCGUGGUUAUACCAGUGCUUGUGUCGUGUAGCCAACAAGAAUGUGGUUAAGUUGGCCGGUCCGCUGCAACUCCUCCGGUCAUGGAUCCUUUGUCAUGUUUAA